GUCCAGAAGUGGAAUUACUGGAUCAAAGGGUAUAAAGCUCUCUAAGUUUCUUGAAACAGUGCCAAAAUAUUUUGUAGAAAAGUUUUCACCAUUUUACACUGAAGGUCAGUAUCUUUCAAUGAGCUUUGUAACUGCCCCUGAGAGAAGGGAAACAGCCCCAGCCCGGCAAGCUUGGGAAGCUCGGAAGGCCGUCCCUGCAGCUGUGUGGCCCCUCCAGAGGGAGGUGGGAGAGGCAUGGGGAUUCCUCCUGCAGUGCUGCCUCCGUUUCCCCUCCGCCGGUAAGGCCACCGUCCUGUUUCCUAAUCCUUUGAGUUCUUCAUUUUUUAAGAUCCCUGGAGAAAAAAUGGCCCAGGGAUGGACGAUGUUAGUUGUAAAGGUGGUGGAGAGGGGGGAAUCCUUAUAUUUGAGCAAAGGUAGGAGUUGUUCAACAAGAACCCAACACUUGGAGAUCCUUAAAAGAAACAUCUGCCUAUUCCAACAUGAGUUUCAGAGAUGGUGAGAAUAACGGGAGAGAGUUGGGUAGGAGUUGUAGAAGGCAUUGCAGGCUUUCCCCUCCAGCUAGACAGCUGCAGCCCCUUUAAGGACAAAUGCGGGACCUGGUCCUUUAAAUCUGUGUCAGUUUCCCCUGACGUCAGCGGGCGGGCCAGCAGCCCUGCUGUUUAUCGCCCAGCGGCGCAGCUCACUUUCCAGUGUUUGUGCGUCGGGGCGGCGCGUCCGCCCGCCCUUAAAGGGCCCGCACCUUGGAAAACUCGCAGCCCAGCACGGCGUCGGGUCGCUACCACCUAUCGCGCCCCUCACCCUGCGACUCGCCUCCCUCAGCGGCCAGCCCCCGCCGCCUGCUCUUCCUCCCUCCCCUUUCCCGGCGUCUCCGGGCUCCCGGCAACCAGCCGCCCUCCUUCUCACUGCCCUGGCCCGGGGCUCCAGGGUCUCAGGCCAUACUCAGCCCCUCGCGAGCUGGGACCCCUGCCCGUAGCCCGCAUCCCCUCCCUCCCCGCCCCCUCCCGGCCGCCCCCUCCCCUGCGGGGACCCUGGGAGCCUCUCCACGGCUCUUGGGAGGGGACAUUUCCUAAUCUCAGGCCAGGGUUAAAGUUCUGGUCCUGGUGAGAUGCUGGAAGCUGCGGCCGCAGCCGCAACCCGUCCCGGAGGUGUCCUGUCGCCUGUCGCCUUCGCCGCCUCCACCACCGCUGCCACUGCCGCCCUGCCGGGGCCAUGUUCGCUCUGGGCUUGCCCUUCUUGGUGUUCUUGGUGGCCUCGGUCGACAGCUAUCUGGGGGUUCUGGGGCCCAAGAACGUCUCGCAGAAAGACGCCGAGUUUGAGCGCACCUACGUGGACGAGGUCAACAGCGAGCUGGUCAACAUCUACACCUUCAACCAUACUGUGACCCGCAACCGGACAGAGGGCGUACGUGUGUCCGUGAACGUCCUGAACAAGCAGAAGGGGGCGCCUUUGCUGUUUGUGGUCCGCCAAAAGGAGGCUGUGGUGUCCUUCCAGGUGCCCCUAAUCCUGCGAGGGAUGUUUCAGCGCAAGUACCUCUACCAAAAAGUGGAACGAACCCUGUGUCAGCCCCCCACCAAGAAUGAGUCGGAGAUUCAGUUCUUCUACGUGGAUGUGUCCACCCUGUCACCAGUCAACACCACAUACCAGCUCCGGGUCAGCCGCAUGGACGAUUUUGUGCUCAGGACCGGGGAGCAGUUCAGCUUCAAUACUACAGCAGCACAGCCCCAGUACUUCAAGUAUGAGUUCCCUGAAGGCGUGGACUCGGUAAUUGUCAAGGUGACCUCCAACAAGGCCUUCCCCUGCUCAGUCAUCUCCAUCCAGGAUGUGCUGUGUCCUGUCUAUGACCUGGACAACAACGUAGCCUUCAUCGGAAUGUACCAGACGAUGACCAAGAAGGCGGCCAUCACAGUACAGCGCAAAGACUUCCCCAGCAACAGCUUCUAUGUGGUGGUGGUGGUGAAGACCGAAGACCAAGCGUGCGGGGGCUCCCUGCCUUUCUACCCCUUCGUAGAAGAUGAACCGGUCGAUCAAGGGCACCGCCAGAAAACCCUGUCAGUGCUGGUGUCUCAAGCAGUCACAUCUGAGGCCUACGUCAGUGGGAUGCUCUUUUGCCUGGGUAUAUUUCUCUCCUUUUACCUGCUGACCGUCCUCCUGGCCUGCUGGGAGAACUGGAGGCAGAAGAAGAAGACCCUGCUGGUGACCAUUGACCGAGCCUGCCCAGAAAGCGCUUCUCUCCUUGGUCACCCUCGAGUCCUGGCUGAUUCUUUUCCUGGCAGUUCCCCUUAUGAGGGUUACAACUAUGGCUCCUUUGAGAAUGUUUCUGGAUCUACCGAUGGUCUGGUUGACAGCGCUGGUGCUGGGGACCUCUCUUAUGGUUACCAGGGCCGCUCCUUUGAACCUGUGGGUACUCGGCCCCGAGUGGACUCCAUGAGCUCUGUGGAGGAGGAUGACUAUGACACAUUGACCGACAUCGAUUCUGACAAGAAUGUCAUUCGCACCAAGCAAUACCUCUAUGUGGCCGACCUGGCACGGAAGGACAAGCGUGUUCUGCGGAAAAAGUACCAGAUCUACUUCUGGAACAUCGCCACCAUUGCUGUCUUCUAUGCCCUUCCUGUGGUGCAGCUGGUGAUCACCUACCAGACGGUGGUGAAUGUCACAGGGAAUCAGGACAUCUGCUACUACAACUUCCUCUGCGCCCACCCACUGGGCAACCUCAGCGCCUUCAACAACAUCCUCAGCAACCUGGGGUACAUCCUGCUGGGGCUGCUUUUCCUGCUCAUCAUCCUGCAGCGGGAGAUCAACCACAACCGGGCCCUGCUGCGCAACGACCUCUAUGCCCUGGAAUGUGGGAUCCCCAAACACUUUGGGCUGUUCUACGCCAUGGGCACAGCCCUGAUGAUGGAGGGGCUGCUCAGUGCUUGCUAUCACGUGUGCCCCAACUAUACCAAUUUCCAGUUCGACACAUCGUUCAUGUACAUGAUCGCCGGCCUCUGCAUGCUGAAGCUCUACCAGAAGCGGCACCCGGACAUCAACGCCAGUGCCUACAGUGCCUACGCCUGCCUGGCCAUCGUCAUCUUCUUCUCUGUGCUGGGCGUGGUCUUUGGCAAAGGGAACACGGCGUUCUGGAUCGUCUUCUCCAUCAUUCACAUCAUCGCCACCUUGCUCCUCAGCACGCAGCUCUAUUACAUGGGCCGCUGGAAACUGGACUCGGGGAUCUUCCGCCGCAUCCUCCACGUGCUCUACACAGACUGCAUCCGGCAGUGCAGCGGGCCGCUCUACGUGGACCGCAUGGUGCUGCUGGUCAUGGGCAACGUCAUCAACUGGUCACUGGCUGCCUAUGGGCUCAUCAUGCGCCCCAAUGAUUUCGCCUCCUACUUGUUGGCCAUUGGUAUCUGCAACCUGCUCCUUUACUUCGCCUUCUACAUCAUCAUGAAGCUCCGGAGUGGGGAGAGGAUCAAGCUCAUCCCCCUGCUCUGCAUCGUCUGCACCUCCGUGGUCUGGGGCUUCGCACUCUUCUUCUUCUUCCAGGGACUCAGCACCUGGCAGAAAACCCCUGCGGAGUCAAGGGAGCACAACCGGGACUGCAUCCUCCUCGACUUCUUUGACGACCACGACAUCUGGCACUUCCUCUCGUCCAUCGCCAUGUUCGGGUCCUUCCUGGUGUUGCUGACACUGGAUGACGACCUGGACACCGUGCAGCGGGACAAGAUCUAUGUUUUCUAGCAGGAGCUGGGCCCUUCGUUUCACCUCAGGGGGCCCCGAGCUCCUUUAUGUCACAGACCGGGCACUCUGUCGUGCUGUGGCGAUGAGUCCCAGCACCGCUGCCCAGCACUGGAUGGCAGCAGGACAGCCAGGUCUAGCCUUGGCUUGGCCUGGGACAGUCACGGGGUGGCACGGAGGCUGGCAGCUGUCCUCUGCCAAGGAGAAGGCCUGCUCCCCUGGAACCCCUGGACAUUGGCCAAAUUGCUGCUUUCUUCUCAGUGUUGGGGCCUUCCAUGGGCCCCCGUCCUGUGGCUCUCCAUUUGUCCGUCUGCAAGAGGAAGGAUGGAAGGAACACCCUCCCCAUUUCAUGCCUUGCAUUUUGCCCGUCCUCCUCCCCACAAUGCCCCAGCCUGGGACCUAAGGCCCCUUUUUCCUCCCAUACUCCUGCUCCAGGGCCUAGUCUGGGGCCUGAAUCUCUGUCCUGUAUCAGGGCCCCAGUUCUCUUUGGGGCUGUCCCUGGCUGUCAUCACUGCCCAUUCCAGUCAGCCAGGAUGGAUGGGGGUAUGAGAUUUUGGGGGUUGGCCAGCUGGUGCCAGACUUAUGGUGCUAAGGCCUGCCAGGGGCCCGGGGCAGUGAGUACUCUUCCCUCUGACCUGUGCUCAGGGCUGGCUCUUUAGCAAUGCGGUCAGCCCAAUUUGAGAACAGCCUUCUGAUUCAAGAGGCUGAAUUCAGAGGUCACCUCCUUGUCCUAUCAGCCCCCAGACUGAUGCCAGCGCCAGGACUGGAGGGAGAAGUACCUCACCCCUUCCCUUCCUUCUUUCCAGGCCCUUAGUCCUGCCAAGCCCCAGCUGGGGGGCCUUUCAGUGCCAUUGACAUUGCCCAAGAAUGUCCAGGGGCAAAGGAGGGACAGUACAAAGAGUUCAGCUCGUGCCGCCUCCACAGCCGCGGGCGCCCCAGUGCCUGCCUUAGAAAGGGGCUUCAGGAAGGGAUGCGCUGUUUCCCUCUACGUGCCCAGUCCUAGCCUCGUUCUAGGACCCAGGGCUGGCUUCUGAGUUUCCGUCCGGUCUUCAGCCAAGUUCUGUUAGUCGCGCACACACAUGCCUACGAAACCUUGGAGUUUACACUGAGUUGCCCCAGCUCUGGGCGCCCUGGCCACCCUGGUCCUUGGAGCCCCUUCGUCCCACCUGGUCCGCUCCAGAUGCCAAGGAUGGGGGAGCUCAGGUGGGGCCUCUGCCUUGGGGAUGGGAAUGUGUUUUAUUCUCCCAAACUUGUUUUUAUAGCUCUGCUUGGGCUGCGAGAUGAGGUGGGUCUGGAUCUUUUCUCAGAGCGUUUCCAUUCUGUGGUUGCAUUUCCGUUUCCUAUGAAUGAGUUUGCAUUCAAUAAACAACCAGACGCAGUU